GUGCAUUGUGAUUCAGGCAGCGCGCAGGGCAACAUCCGGUGUCCUCGCUCUUUUAUCACAGACAUGCGCAGACAGGAUUUUCUCUUUCUCGGUGGACACAAUGGCGGACGCAGAAAAAAAGGUACCGGCGGUCCCUGAGAGCCUUUUGAAAAGGCGAAAGGCCUUCGCCACCAUGAAGGCCGUCCGCAUCAAGAAGAUGCUCGCUGAGAAGAAGACUCGCAAGGUGACCAGGAAGCUCAUCUACAAACGCGCCGAGGCGUACCACAGGGAGUACAGGAACCUGUACAGGCGUGAGGUCCGUCAAGCCCGUACCGCCCGCAAAGUGGGAAACUUCUACGUCCCCGCCGAGCCCAAGCUGGCCUUCGUCAUCAGGAUCCGAGGUAUCAACGGCGUCAGCCCCAAGGUGCGCAAGGUUCUGCAACUGCUCCGUCUCCGCCAGAUCUUCAACGGCGUGUUCGUCAGGCUGAACAAGGCGUCCAUCAACAUGCUCAGGAUCGCAGAGCCCUACAUCGCAUGGGGAUACCCCAACCUGAAGUCUGUCCGCGAGCUCAUCUACAAGCGUGGAUUCGGCAAGAUCAGCAAGCAGCGCAUUGCCAUCACAGACAACUCCCUCAUCGAGAAGACCCUUGGCAAGUAUGGCCUCAUCUGCAUGGAGGAUCUGAUCCACGAGAUUUUCACAACCGGGAAGAACUUCAAGGUGGCCAACAACUACCUGUGGCCCUUCAAGCUCUCCUCCCCCCGCGGCGGCAUGAACAAGAAGACCACCCACUUCGUGGAGGGCGGUGACGCUGGCAACAGGGAAGACCAGAUCAACAGAAUGAUCCGGAGGAUGAACUGAACUGGUUUUGCAGGAUUUCCAACUGUAUAAUAAAAAUACAAAAAAGAA